CAUAAAUCGUUCGCUUAUUUUGAGAUUUGAAUAUUUUGGAGCGCGUCAGUCAACAGUUGCGUUCUGUUGCCAGCGCAAAUGUUUUGUCUAGGUAUUCCGUGGUUUGAUAUCCAUACAUUUGAAUAUCACCGGUUUUAGUAUGAUCCCUUCAACCUGGGAUGAGCUUAGAAUACAAGCUCGAGUACUGGAGAGCGAGAUUGAUUCAGAAUUAGCUGCUUUUGGUAAAAUUGGAACUCGACCAGUAGAACACAAACACAUUCCUCGUUUUACCAAUUCUGGAAUAAUCAGUAAAAGCAAUGUAAUCCCAGAAGUACCGUCACAUGUAGAUUUCGACACAAACUUCAACGUAAUGUGCAAUGAAAUAGAAGAACAACUGCAGAGACUUACCCAAAUCAAUGAACGGAUGGCAACUUUUGUCCCUGAAACAGAAACUACACCUACCUCUUUUGAUAGUACUGCACGAAACCCACUCAAUUCUACUAAUAUGGCAGCUGGAAGACUUAGUCAACUGCAUACAGCUAAACGACAUCGUGAAAUUCUUCGUGAUUAUGCUCAGGAGUUUCGUCAAACUAAAGCCAAACUCAUUUCUGCCCGUGAACGUGAAAACCUUCUAGGAUCUGUUUAUCGAGACACAAACUCCACAACUGUAAAUCUAAGCGGUGAUUUUACUUCAAAACCUCAAUCUGAUGUAGAUUCUUCCGGUGGUAAUCAACGUUCCGGUUUACAGUCAAAUAUAUCUAGUUCAACUCGUUUACUUCUAGAUGAACAAGAAAAAUACCAUCGCUCUAAUCGUCUGUUGGAUGAACAUUUAGCUGCAGCAUCAACAAUACGAGCCGCAUUACGUGCCCAACGCUUCGCACUACGCACUGCCUCAACAGGUCUAUCGAAUUUAAGUUCCCGUUUUCCACAGGUAAAGAAACUGAUCAAUAAAAUUGACUGGAGACACAAGCAAGACUCAAUUGUUUUGGGGCUAGUCAUUGGUUGUUGUGUUGUGUUUCUGCUAAUUUACCGCUUCUUUUGAGUUAUAUGCAUAUAUAUUACUUAUUUUUUUAGAAGGUAGUACUGUGAUGUUUUCACUAAUAUCUUGUAAUUUCAAAGUACGAAUGAGGUGCGUUUGAGUAUGUACAUGUAUUUCUGCUAUUGUUGAUAUUAUUAUUACUAAUCCCUUACUUUUCAUGUUGCCAAUAUCUUCUCACUAAUAGUAUCUGAAGUUUGGUUUUUCAAGUUGAUGCACAAUGGUUAGCUUUCACAAAUAGAGGGGUCUUACUUAAAAAAUGGAAUAAACAAGCUAUAUCAAAUGUUCUAAAAUAGUUCCUGUAAAUUGGCAUGGAGCAAACCCAGGAUAUCUUAAGGAGAAAUUCUCCAUAAACAUAUUGAAUUAACAUAAUAAAAAUCUUAUGGGAAUUGUUAUAAAUAGGGGGAAUGUUUUAUGCACACCUCAAUUUUAGUCAGCGUUAUUAAUAAAAAAAUACAUACACAUUCGAGAAUUUCUUACUAAGCAACGUAUUCUUUUCUUACAGAGCCAAUUAGAUCCAGUAUUUUUUUAAAGAAAUAGGGUAUUCCCAUAAAUAAUAAAAUCGCUUUGUAUUUCCAGUGCAUAAGUUCUUUCCGUAAAUACUAAGAAGAAACAUAGAAACAUCUCAUUUCUGUUUAAUACUCUAACCUUCGAAAUAUAUACGAAGUUGAACUAUUUACCAUCUUAACCACACAUUUUCACGGUCACACUUUAAGAUAUUCAUAUGCUUCGACCAGUGUAACUCGCUUCAUAUGGGAAUUUGGACUUAUCAGUGAUAAAAAUAUGAUGAAAAAUUUUAAAGAUUACAUUUUAUGAUCAUUAAUCUGUGAAAGAUAGUAAUUAUCUAAUAACUAUAUUAACAAAUGAAGACUUUAUUUGGUUAAAGUUUUCUCAACAAACCGAAACUAUUAAAAAGAAGGUAGUUCUCGUCAUUCACUAACACCAUCUGAAAGGCAGUGAAAACUGGGCAGCUAUAUAGUCCUAAUUUGAUCAUUCUCAGCCAUGUGCACAUCAUAUCCCCGAAGCUUCAAACGGGGUCAAAACCUAACACUUUAUAACCUUAUAGUAAGCUUGAUACCCCCAAAUGCUCUGGUACGGCCGAGGGUGGGGAAGUCCGCUCCCUCUCUAAAUGCUCUCAUAUGGCCACGCGUAUACAGCCAUUUCCAGGGAAGUCCUACUCACUGCCUUCUCGCGGCGGUAACUACAUACAAUAUAUUUAUCAUUUUUUACAAACACCACAACAGUUUUGAUGGAAUUCCAAUCACAAAAGUAUAUUAAACAAUUGGGUAAGAUCUUUUUCGAAAGAAAGAAAUUUUCAAUAAGUUCGCUUAAAUACGCGAAUAAACUAUUAAAUACUAAUUUCAAUAGUUGAGAUCAUGAGUCAUUUGAAGCUAGACCAUCAUGGAGAACCUGGAAGCACUGGACGACAAUUUCGUCCUAGUGCGGGACUCCAACAAUCCGCAUCCACGGUCCCGUCCCACGGAAUUCGAACCCAAGACCUAACAGUCCCUCGAGUGAGCAUUUAACCACUAGACCAUUGAGCCGGCAUCCAACGGUGUUAAUGUCUAACUUCAACCAAUUCACGAAAUUGAGCGAUGCAUCCACCAUUAUCAGUGAGUUACUAUUGUAGGAUUUAAUUUGUCCUACAGAUGUACUACUAGAACCGUAAACGCGAUACUAGCGAUCACAGAGUCUAUGUGAAAGCUAUAGUCAGAACAAGGACAAUUCGGCUUUAGGCUUUAUCUGUUUCGACCAGUAUUGGGUGUCUUAUCGAAAUGAAUAAAACUAUGAGUCACACUAAUAUAAUAGGAACAUAAUGUCUUUCAAUUGGUAUGUCACAUGCACCAGGGAUAGUUUACAAACACAUCAGACCAGAUCAACGUGGUGGGCGCUUAAACAACGAUUUGAUUGGUUAGCCAUGGACAUAACUAACAACUAUCUCACAACAGAUAUCCCCCUUCUGAUAUUAAUCUACAUAUGCUCACUAGUGACUGGCUUCAACAGGUAUAUCCUGGAGUUCUAGUGUAAAGCAGUGACCAGUAGAGUUCAACCGGGUCUGGUGUGAGAUAGUAACUCACUUAUGAUAAUGGUGGAUGUGUCUCUCAAUUUCGUGGAUUAGUUGAAUUUAGGCAUUAACACCGUUGGAUGCCGGCCGGCUCAGUGAUGUAGGUGUUAAGCGUUCGCGCACGAGACUGAUAGGUCCGGGGUCCCAAUUCCGUGGGACCGGAUCGUGGAUGCGCGUUGUUGAGGAGUCCCACACUAGAACAAACUUGUCGUCCAAUGCUUCCAAGUUUUCCAUGGUGGUCUAGCUUCAAUUGACUUAUGACCUCAACUAUUGAAAUUAAUAUAAUAUGCAUAAAAACCUCUUCUGAUAUUAAAUAUUAGUCUUGUUUCUAUUAUUUGAAUCAUAAAGUAUCUGAUAUUCACAUAGAAGAUCAAUAAAGAAAAAGAGUUAAGGCAACAAUGGAUCGAUUCAUCUAGUUAUUUCAUAUCAUGAAUUUGGCACUGGAUAAUAUUUUACGAAGGUUAUUCGUAACUUAUUUAGGUAUAAUUUCAUAUAAUUCUUUGUGAUUUUCGUGUCUAUAAUUUCGAACACACUACCAGUACUUUGUUGUAUUUUCUUUGUCUAAUCAAGUGCUAACUCCUAAAAUACAUUUUUAUUACGAUUAGUAAAGACGUUAUUGUGCGUACAACUACUUUCAAGUAAGCGUUCUAUUUUGAAUUCAAAGUUAUCUUCUACUACUUAAGCAUUAUCAAUAUAUAUACAAUUAUGCUAAUCUGGUCAAUAUACUAGGCGAUGUUUCAGUAUAAUAAGAUUUUAGUCCUCAAUAAUCUGAAUAAUUAGCAACACAUAUCUUGUAAGUAAUGGAGUCUG